GAAGGUUCUGUGCGUUCCGUCUGCGCGUCUCUGUCCUGGAGCGCUGGACUCCAGAACCCUGAGGUUGGGAGCCAGGCAGCCGGAAGCCGCUUCCAGGGGCAGGUGCAGAGGUGCUGUGUCCACAUGGCUACUCCACCUGCCACCCUGGCCUUGAUCUGCUUGGACGGCGUCUUCCUCUCCUCGGCCGAGAAUGACUUCGUCCGCGGGAUCCAGGAAGAACUGGCCCGCUUCGUGCUGCAGAAGGAGCUGUCGAAGGUCCUGCUCUUCCCUGCGCUCUCCAGCCGCCUCCGGUACCUGAUCCACAGAACGACAGAGAAUUUCGAUGUUUUGAGCAGCUUCUCUGUCGGCGAGGGCUGGAGGAGAAGGACCGUCAUCUGUCACUCGGACAUCAGAGUGCCCAGUGCAGAUGGCAGCUCGGGUCCUGGUCGCCCUCCUGCCCCCCAGCCUGGCAAGCACCGCGGUCCUCGGCCGUCACCAAACCAGGGAACAUCUGCAGGUCCCCGAGGUGGCCGGCAGGGCCGAUGGCAUCGCGGACGCAAGCCAGACCAGCCUUUGUAUGUCCCUCGGGUGCUACGCAGACAAGAACAAGAUGCGGAGACCUCCUCGCCGCAGCGCAAGGGAGAAACCCCAGUCCCUGGGGUCGCGGAGGAGCCUGCGGAUGUUGGUGUCAGCCGCUCUGAUCAACAACUUCCCGUGUUGGUGACUCAGGUGGCAGAGAGCCCGAGGGACCAAGACCAAAGUUGCGAGAAUGGGUCAUUGCUGGAUCCCGCUGGUCCUGAGCCACCAGGGCCUGGGAGUCCCUCGGGGAAGGGAGACAGGGUGGAGACAGCCACCCCGCAGCCGGACCUGGAGGAGGAGGGGAAGGGAAGUUCUCCCGAGACGGGCCUGGUGGCAGAAGAGGAGGAAGGGGAGGAGCCUGCCAGCUGCUCUGACGAUGAGGAUGAUUACAGCGAGCUGCUGCAGGAGAUAAAGGCCCAGCUGACGGAGAAGGACAUCCAGGUAGAGCUGGUCCGCGUGGACGCGUCCUCCUGCGCCCAGGAGCUGCCCGCGGAGCAGGACCUGGCCCACGUGGUGGAGAUCUACGACUUUGAACCUGUACUAAAGACAGAGGACCUCCUGGCCACAUUUUCUGAGUUCCAGGAGAAGGGGUUCAAGAUUCAGUGGGUGGACGACACUCACGCACUUGGCAUCUUUCCCUGUGUGGCCUCAGCUGCUGAAGCCCUGAGCAGGGAGUUCUCGGUGCUGAAGAUCCGGCCUCUCACGCAGGGCAGCAAGCAGUCCAAGCUGAGAGCGCUGCAGAGGCCAAAGCUCCUGCGGCUGGCGAGAGAGAGGCCACAGACAGACGCGGCUGUGGCCCGGAGGCUGGUGGCCCGCGCCCUAGGGCUCAGACACAGGAAGAAAGAGCGGCCUGCGGCCUGCCAUCCAGAGUCCCCUGCCACCCCGAAGACUGUGCCCCAGGACUGAGCUGGGCCCAAAACCAUGAGCCUUUCCCAGACACCAGGGCAAGCCCCGCACCAUCACUGGAUCCUCUGGGUUCGUGGGCUUCCGCGUGGCCCAGCCCCAGCACUUGAGCCAAAAUAAACGAUAUUCUGCUGUGA